AUGCCCCGGAUAAGCAUCCGUAAGUUGAAUAUCUUCGCUUCUCCCAAAAGGUCGGUUUGCCUUGAAAAUAAGCAGUCAAAUUCCUACUUUUUUAGUUGGACUAGAAAACCUAGCACUGUCAAGACAAUUGUUUCAUCCAAGAAACAUUCAUCUCGCUUUCUUUCUUAUCCUUCUCUCUCUUUCUCUCACUCUCUCUCUAUCAUUCCCUCUCUCACUCUCUUUCUUUCCUCUCUCUUUCUCACACUCUCAUUCUCUCACACUCUCUAUCUCUUUCACUCACUCUCACUUUCCCUUUCUAUCUCUCUCACUUUCUCUUUCACUCUCUCUCUUUCCUAUCUCUUUCUCACACUCUCAUUCUCUCCCUCACUCUCUCUUUCCCUUUCUAUAUCUCUCUCUUUCUCUUUCACUCUCUCUCUUUCCUCUCUCUUUCUCACACUCUCAUUCUCUCACACUCUCUAUCUCUUUCACUCUCUCUCUUUCCUAUCUCUUUCUCACACUCUCAUUCUCUCUCUCACUCUCUCUUUCACUCUCUCUCUUUCCCUUCUUUCUCACACUCUCAUUCUCUCACACUCUCUAUCUCUUUCACUCUCUCUCUUUCCCUUUCUAUCUCUCUCUCUUUCUCUUUCACUCUCUCUCUCUUUCCUAUCUCUUUCUCACACUCUCAUUCUCUCCCUCACUCUCUAUUUCACUUUCUCUUUCCCUUUCUAUCUCUCUCUUUCUCUUUCACUCUCUCUCUUUCCUCUCUCUUUCUCACACUCUCCUUCUCUCUCACUCUCUCUUUCCCUUUCUAUCUCUCUGUCUCUGUCUCUCUCUCUCAUGUAG